UUGCAUUUAUUCAUCGACUUAGCUCAUGGCAUACAUGUACAUGGUGCGCUGUGCUGUGGUCUACAUGACACAGUACACGUGUGGAAAGCAACCGAAAGUUUUUAAUGUUUCUACGAUUAUUUGUUCAACAGCAUGGACGUAAAAAAUGUGUUCCAUAGACUGCGUCAGUUUGAUGCUUACCCCAAGACUCUGGAAGAUUUUAGAGUGAAAACCUUCGGUGGAGCAGCAGUUACCAUUGUCAGUGCCAUCCUCAUGACUGUGUUGUUUCUGUCAGAACUCAACUAUUACCUGACAAAAGAGGUUAUUCCAGAAUUGUACGUUGAUAACACAAGAGGGGAAAAACUGCGGAUCAACAUGGAUAUCAUUUUUCCCAAAAUGCCCUGUGUAUUUUUAAGUUUAGAUGCAAUGGAUGUCUCAGGUGAACACCAAUUGGAUGUAGAUCUUAACAUCUAUAGGAAGAGGCUGGAUGCUAAGGGUAACCCCAUCGAUGAGAAGGAAGAAACCAUCAAGCUUGGUGAGGAAGAUAAAGAUGCUGCCAAACUCAUCAAGGCCAAAAAAGAAGAAUUGGACCCAAAUAGGUGCGAGAGUUGUUAUGGAGCAGAAUCAAAGGAACUUCAAUGUUGUAAUUCUUGUGAAGAUGUACGAGAGGCUUACAGACGAAAAGGUUGGGCCUUCAAUAUGGCAACUGAGAUUGUACAAUGCAAUCGAGAGGGCUGGAGCGAUAAGAUUGAUGCCCAGAAAGGAGAAGGUUGUCAGUUGUUUGGCUACUUGGAAGUUAAUAAGGUGGCAGGGAAUUUCCACUUUGCACCAGGUAAAAGUUUCCAGCAGCAUCAUGUUCACGUCCAUGACUUACAACCAUUCAUCGGAGACAAGUUCAACAUGUCACAUCAUAUCCAGCAAUUGUCUUUUGGAGUGGAAUAUCCUGGUAUGGAUAAUCCACUGGACAGGACUCUAGUCACAGAUCGAAGAGGCUCUACCAUGUACCAAUACUUCAUCAAAGUAGUUCCAACAACAUACACCAAACUGAAUGGGCAGACAACGAGGACAAAUCAGUACUCAGUCACUAAACAUGAGAAGCAAGUGUCUAUCCUUAGUAUCAGUGGUGAACAAGGCUUGCCGGGCGUCUUUGUUCUAUAUGAACUUUCACCUCUCAUGGUGAAGUUCACAGAAAAACACAGGUCAUUCAUGCAUUUCUUGACCGGAGUGUGUGCCAUCAUUGGUGGAGUCUUCACAGUUGCUGGCCUGAUUGAUUCAUUUAUCUACCACUCAGCUAAAGCAAUACAGAAGAAGAUCGACCUUGGCAAGGCGUUAUAACAAUGGCUUCCACACAUCCCUUGUAACCUGUCACAGUGCCCUCUAUAAUCCAUUCACAAGCCAGUAGACGAAUCCAUCAACAUCACUGAACAUUCUCAGUGGUCCCCUCUAAUCAUGGAAAGUACACUGUUGGGUUUUAAUUUGAAACACUUGCCAUAGAACACUUGCUUUGUGUGUUCAGUGCUUGUAGUUUUCUCAGUGCCUUUUGCUAUGGGGGGGGCAUCAGGACUGUCCAGCGCAACUGUAAGAUUGAUUGCCACCUGUCUGUGAGUUUGGCCAUUUCUCACAUGCAUUUACAAAGCAGUGUUGAAAUAAUAGAGAAGUAAAUGUGGAGCUCAGUUUCAUGUUUCUAUGAAAACAUGUUGAAUUUGGAGUUCAGUAAAUGUGUGAUAACAGGAUAGAGUACAAUCACUUUUUAGGGCCUGCUUCUUGUUUUGGUGAACUAAUGGGCUUUUCUGGAUGCAUGUACUUGUACACUGAAAUAUGGAUAUAUUGUUCAGAACUGACAGAGAGCCCAUAAUAAAAUAUUGGCCAAUUCUUUUAAUGAAUUUGAAAAUCUUUGAAACUCCCCCAAAUCUCAACAUUUAGUGUUAGAGAUGAUUUCCUUAAUUAUGCACACUAUUUCAGGGUACACAAUUUACAGUGUAUAAAUAUGCAUACACACUUUUACAAUAUGUAAAGUGUAUAUGUAACUACCCACCCAUUAGCCAGCUUGAGUCCAUCCCACGUGACUAAAGGCUUGUAAAUGUUUUCAUUUCAAAGCAACAGUCUCAAAUGACAGGUUGCAUCAACACAACGUUUUCUUAAAACUUUCAUUUGAACAUAGCAAAAGAAUGGCGCUAGGAAGAGAUACACAUCAAAUUCCUCACUGUACUGAAGUCAUCUCUUAAUGAGAGCCAUUCCUUCUUGAAAAAUGUCAAUACAUGUACAUUUUACUGCAUUAGCCAUGUUCUUUUUGUUAAAAACAUGCACUCUUUAUAGAUUGUACAUUGGCAAACGGUGACGGGAUCUUGUUGGACAAGUUUUUGUCAAAUACAUUUGGUGCAGUUUUUGAUUCUAAUUUUUAUAGACUAUUCUUAAUAUGUGGGAAUGUACACGUAUUCCCAGUAGAGGUGCACUAUUAAUAGUUUCAUUUUUAUAUCUUGUACUGAAGUUCUUCUUUUCCUCUUGAUAAGGCAGUUAUCAUGAAAAUUUAAAUUGAAUAAAUACAUGAUCAUUUUUCCCAUCAAA